AGUCACAGUCUCCUCCACGCUGUGAGUGAGCAGCGCCUGCACAGAUCGCUCCAAUUUGGAACUUAAUCUCACAUUGCAUGAACCUGCACAACUUUACUGCUGUUUUCUCGGCUGUGAACGACCUUCAGUGUUCCGCUGUGGCUGUUUUUAAUCAGAUACUACGACCCGAAAACCGUCGGGACAAGUGAAGAUAGAAGCUGCGGGAGUGGUCGGGAAACUUUUACCAUCAUGAGCAAGCAGACGGUCAACCUUGAUACCUACAGCCUGUCGUUGCUCACGGCUAAAGAAGACAUCCUUAACCCCCGUUCCUCCACCAACUGGGCAUUAUUCACAUAUGAUGGAGUCACCAACAAGCUCAAGCUGGCUGACUCAGGAGCGGGUGGAAUGGCAGAGCUGGCAGGCAAAUUUCACAUCUCCAAGCCUCAAUACGGACUGUGCAAAGUGGGAAGUGUGGAGACAGGAGGCCCUCGGAUUGCUAUGAUCAACUGGGUCGGCCAAAAUGUGGAUGACUUCCGCAGGACAGAAUGUGCCAGCCACAUUCCAGCCAUCAAAAACUUUUUCAAGGAAGCUCAUGUGUUCAUUAGUGCAGAGAAAGUGGAGGAUGUGACAGAGGAGAAGAUACAAGAGGAGCUCCACAGGGUCCAGGCCAAUGCUCCCACACAGUGGGUGAGAAGGAGCUCCAGGUCAGCUGACAAAGAGGACUUAGUGGGAACAAACUACAGAAAAACUAAUGCUGCCAUGGAGAUGAGACGAAUAAACAGAGACUCCUUCUGGGCCCGUGCAGAGCGUGAGGAAGAAGAGAGGAAAGACGAGGAUAAGAGACGAGCAGCAGAGGAGAGACGCCGCAUUGAAAGAGAAAGAGUUUUAAAAGAGCGGAGGGAUGCAGAAGAGAGAGACAGGAGGAUGAAUGAGAAGCUACAGAUGAUAGAGGAGCAGAGGAAAAAACAAGCAGAGCAAGAAGAACAGCUGCGUAGAAAAGAGAAAUUAAAAUGGGAGCAUCAGCAGAGGGAGCAUUUCGAUGACAUGAGGGCUCGUCUUAGAAGGAGUGAGUCCAUAGAAAAAGCAGCAGAGGCAGCAGAAUUAGUGUCCCAGCGCUCCAUGAACCCUAGGGAGUUCUUCAGGCAGCUCUCUUCAUCAUCAUCACAGAGUCCCACCAGCCCUGGAUCCUCCCGCUCUGGCAAACCCUUCAGACGAUACCAGCGCAGCCUGACGGACACAGCCUUCAUCUUCUCUAAAGCAGAAGACAGCACGUCUUCCUCCCCUUACAGCUCACCCCUGGUCUCCCCAUUCUCUCGGGCUGCUACCUCCCCCAUCCAUCGUGCCACCUCUCCCCCCACAAGCCCUAAUUUCCGCCCUGUCAUCUCUCCACUAAGGCCCAGAGCCCCCAUGUCACCGCCUACAUCCCCUCUUCGCCCUGCCCCUCCAGCCUCGGCCCUGCCCAGCGUUCCAAUAAGUAAAAUCCAAAUUCAGGCUGUUGUUGAGCCCAGACCUCCGUCACCUACAGAACCUUCUGCGCCUCCGGCUUCCCCUGAUCUGUUGGCUUCCUUGUCCUCGUGUUUGGUAAAAAAGAAACCCUCUCAGUCACAUCCAGAGGCCCUCCCUCCCUCUCCCCCAAACACCCCAAACCAGCCAGAGGACUCAGCUUUCUGCUUCGAACCUGCUCCUAUCCCAGAGAGAAUCACAGACCUCAACACAUGCACUCAUGUGCACACUGAGCUGGUCUCAGAAAUUGCCUAUAAAGUACAGGCUGUACUGGUGGAGGAGGACGAGGAAGAGGAUGCGGAGGAUCUCGAGGAAGAAAAGGCUGAAUCACAACAACAGCCUUGCGCUGUCACCGUAGAACCAGACGUGACUGAGGAUCGUCAGGGAGAGGUAGAGGAAAAUAAGCAGGAAGAAGAAGAAAAAGAAGUAGAAGAGGACAACGAAGAAGAGCAGGAGGAAUUACGACAGGAAGCUGAGCUUACAGUGGAGGAUCCAGUGGAAGUGGUGCAGGAGGAAGAGGAGGCAAAGGAAGAUGAAGAGGAGAGUAACCAAUCAGAAGACGGCCAGGAUCCCUCUGACAUGGCUGUGCUUUCAAAGAAAGAGGAAGAGUCAGCAGCUACAGAUGGCGAACCAAUUUGUGAAGUAAACAACCACGAGACUGUUGUGCUGUCAACCAAUGGGAUCACAAAUGGAGAGGAAACAAAGGGACAAAAUGGAAUAGGGCGAUCUUUGAGUCCAUCUGACACAGAACUCAGCUCACCAGAGUUGACUGGGUGCUACGAUCUCCAUGGCACUGCAGAGGAGGACGACGUCAUUGAGGAAGAGGACCAGAUAAUCUCAGAAAAUGGAAAAGAGAUUCUAGCCGAGCGACAAAUGUGUGUCCGAGCGUUGUAUGACUACCAAGCAGAGGACGAAUCUGAGAUCUCCUUUGAACCCGGUGACAUCAUAAAAGAAGUGGAGACGGUGGACAAAGCUUGGUGGAGGGGGUGGAGCAAAGAUGGACGCCAAGGCUUAUUUCCUGCCAAUUAUGUAGAGACCAUAUAGGCAGGCAGAGAAUCAGACACACACACUGACACUCACACACACAUACUCACACUCAGGGAAACCAUCUCCCCUUACAUUUGUUCACGUUUUUACCUUAAUCCUCCCACUGAAACUUUGUACUCUCUGUUUUGUUGGAAGGAUAAAGAACAAUGUGACUCUCUGUUUUGUAGAAAGCAUAAAGGAACCCGUGACUCUAUUUUGAUGUUUUCUGAGCAAAACAAAAUAUACUUACAAGUAUGCAGAAAUUACCCAGCCUUAUUUUCUUGGAUGAAAUAGCGGAGACCUUUUUCCUGGACCAAAAUAACUUAUUUCUGUUUGAGAUACAGAAGGAAUGUUGGUGGGGGGGAUGAGAUCACGAUGACAAAGGAUCAGAAACGUGCUUUUCUUGUGACAAACACAAAGAGUUUUCAUAGUGUAUCGUUGUUUUUUUGAUCCACACGUAUAACAAGCAUUCCAUUCUGCUCACAUUUUGCCUUGUGUGUUACAUUGCUAAAAAAAUAAUUGUACUGCUCUUGACUGGUAUAUAUAAUCAAGAUACAUGUAUCAGACAUCAUCUUAUAAUCAUCUUCCUGUGUUUCCCGAGUUAUUUUGUAGCACUGUUUUGUUACUGUCUCUCAGAAUAUUUUAAUUACCAGAACAGCAGCAUGACAAACGUCACUGUUGACACCAGUGUUUAGUUCAUAUGGUGAUGUCCUUCAACAAAUUGUGUUAUCGCGUCUCAAUUUUUUUCUAGAUUCAAAAAAUUAAAGCAGUCAGACGACACGCGGAUGAUGAGAGAUUUUUGAUUCCAUUUUAAUCUCCUGUAAUAUCCUAUUAAUCUACACUGUAUAUAAGAAUGUAUAAAAAGCAUCAAAGAUCUUCUCUUUUCUAUACUUGCCUUGUACGUUGUAUGCUUGUUUGAUGGUGUGUAUGUACUUUGUAUUUACUCCAAACUUACAAAUAUAUAUAGCAUCAACAAA